AUGGCAUCUCCAUUCACGAGGCAUUCCAAGAGACACCUUCACCUUGCCCCGCCGUUUCUGCUGGACGACUACACGCCCCGGUAUCUUGGACUCUCUUCCCGCGACGCCGCCAAAAAGCGCUCGCUGGCCUAUGCCCACCUCCGCAACUGCAAUCUUUGCCCCCGGCUGUGCGGCGUCAAUCGCUACGAGACCACUGGAAUGUGCCUCAUUGGCGACAAGGCAAAGGUCAAUGUCAUAGCGCCGCAUUUUGGCGAAGAGCCGUGUAUCCAGGGGCACAAUGGCAGCGGCGCCGUAUUCAUGAGUGGGUGCAACAUGCGGUGCAUCUUCUGCCAGAACUACGACAUCGCCCACCAGCGUAACGGAAUGGACCUUACCCCGGAGGAGCUAGGCCAGUGGUAUCUCAAGCUCCAGGAGACGGGCAACGUCCACAACAUCAACAUUGUCACGCCCGAGCACGUGGUGCCUCAGGUGGCGUUGAGCAUCCUCCACGCGGCUGAGCUAGGGCUGAGAGUCCCCAUCAUCUAUAACACCUCAAGCUACGAUUCACUAGCAUCUCUGGAGUUGAUGGAUGGGCUAGUUGACAUCUAUCUAGCAGAUUUCAAGGUUUGGAAGCCGAGCACAUCCAAGAGGCUGCUCAAGGCGGAUGACUACGCUGAGACUGCCAAGGAGAGCAUAAAAGCUAUGCAAAAACAGGUUGGCGACUUGUGCUUCACCGGAGACGGCAUUGCUAAAGUGGGCUUACUGGUUAGACACUUGGUUAUGCCAGGAAAAGAGGCCGAGGGCGCCGAAAUUAUGAGGUUUCUGGCGUCUGAAGUGUCAACCGAUUGUUUCGUCAACAUCAUGGAGCAGUAUCACCCCGAUGCGCAUGUUGGAAAAAAGAGAAGGCGAAGAAGAAUACCCUCAGCUGAAGGAGAGGAGAAGAGUUUAAAUAUGCCAGAAGACGCAGACGAAGAAGUUCGGUAUAGCGAUAUCAAUCGAUCAGUCACGAGCGACGAAAUUUCAUCAGUGCGAGGAGCCGCCGUGAGAGCCGGUCUGUGGCGGUUUUGCGACCCUCCAAAGCACGACGGCUUUGCCAUCUGA